UGAUUCCACUGACAUGUAAUAUAAACAACAAUCUAAUCCUUCGACAGCGUAUUAGUGAUGGCCAGAGGCUAAGUAGAUGGGAAUGGGGUUUGAUUGCUUAUAUAGCCAUAGUCCCUUGUAGGUUGAAGAAAGUGUAAAAUUAGAUUUCAGUGAUAGUUUCAGCAUGUACAUAGCUGCAUCGUGAAUGUACUAAAAACAGCAUUAUACACUUGGAAUGGAAGAGUUUUCUGAUACGGAAAUUCUCUCUCCAGAGAUGGUGUCUUUGCCGAUUCCACACAGCACUGUCCAAACCAAGGUCACCCGCUGCGCUGAUACAGCCCGUGCAGGCGACAGUGAUGAACCCAGAGAGAGCCACGCAGGGAAGGGAGUCUUAAGUUGGAGUCUUAAGAACAGAUCCCGCUUCCUUCCGCCCACUCGGCGAGCCUGGAAGAAGCUGGUGCCUGGGGAGGAGGCAGCCGUGGGCCCUGGGGAGGAGCUGGUGGAGGCCCUGCUGGACCUGGUGCGCAGUCCUCAGUCGCUUUGGGCUCUGCCCGAGGACUCCAGUGCUGAGGACCGCUUUCUGCGAGAGCUGGCCAUCCAGAGCCCGCUGAUGAUCAGAGACACCUUCUUCUACUCCUACUUCCGGUCCCUGCGGGUAGUGGGCAAGCAGGUGAGCCAGGUGGGUGGAGACCUCCUGAAGUUCCUGAAGCUGGAGGAGCUGGUCCUGAGCGCCAACCGGAUCAAGGAAGUCGAUGCCGCCAACCUGCCCCCCAUGCUCAAGGUGCUGGAGCUGUACGGCAACGAGCUGAGCAGCACGGAGUGUCUGUGUGCACACCCGCCACCCGGCCUGCAGCACCUGGGGCUGGGCCAGAAUCAGCUGCGCAGCCCCUCAGAGAGCCGCUACCUCACCGCCAGCCACUGGCCCAACCUCGUCUCCCUGGACCUGGGCUUCAACGACCUGACCGACCUGCGGGCCAUGGUGGCCGCGCUGCGCUCGCUGGGCCGCCUCCGGCUGCUGGUGCUGCAGGGGAACCCGCUGGCGCUGCUGCCGCACUACCGCGGCUUCACCGUGGACAGCCUGGCUCGGCUCUGCGUGCUGGACGACGUCACCGUGUCCCCGCACGAGCGGCACCAGUUCCGCGGGCUGGGCCAGCAAGGCGACCUCUUGCCGCAGGACGCGCAGCUGGUGGUGACCGUCGGGAACAUCAGGGGAGUCGUGGACUCCUCUGUCUUGGACCCCGAGCCCGGGCCCAAAGGCCCCUUUGUGGCCUACAGCUACUACGUGACCUACGACUUCCUGGGAGGGGAGGACGGCGAGGCCAGCGAGCACGGCGGGGUCCUGGCCGAGGUGGUGAAGCCUCGGUCCAGCGCCCAGCUGCUCGGGGAGGAGCUCGCUGAGGACUUGGCCGAGGAGUCCCUGGCGUCGGUGGAAACCACGGAGCAGAAGUCCGAGUCCUCCGUGGUCUCAGGCUGCUCGGCCGCCCGGCCGCCAUUCUCAGCCUCCGGGGAGGAGCUGGGCAAGCUGAGGCCGCGCAUGGACCCCCGGCUGUGCCCCUCCCCGGGGACAGUCCCCUUCAGCACGGACCACAAGCCUUGGGCCAACGUCAUCGCCUGCAACUACGAGGCGCAACACAGCAUCAGGGAUCUGGGGCUGCUCAAGGGCUUCCUGCUGGCCGGGACCACAGUGACCAUCAUGGAGGAGAAGGCCGCCACCUGUCUCCAGAUCCUCUCUUGGCCUGUGGUGACCCCUCCCGUUGACAGUCCCCAGGGAGCCAAGAAAGGAAAGGGAGAGGAUGACAAGAAGAAGAAGGAAAAAGACAGGAAAGACUGGAAAGGGAAAGCAGAGGAGCCCCCUCAGGAAAGGAAGGCGUCGCACAAGAAGAGAGAGGCCCCCAAGGAACUGUGCCAGGACCCUCCCACACUGCAGGCUCUCGGCAGCGGCCUGGUGGCCCUGGAGCCCCUGCUGGCCGGGGAGGCUGUAGUGUCUACUGUGUGCAACUUUGGGGUGAUCCGCACCCCGGAAUCAGACCGGCUGACGUUUGCCAGGGACUCAAAGAUUAAGAAAGGUGCCAAGAAAGAAAAGACGAAAUCAGCGGCUCCGAUCUUCGAAAGCGACUACCAGCCGGAGCAGCUGACCGUGGAGGUCGAGAUCCAGCUGGGCCAGGUCCGCUCGGUGGAGGAGGCGCUGCGCGCUGUCGCCAACCAGGCGCGGGCAGAGUAAAGCGGUGCGAGGAUCCGAGCCCGAGUCUGAGCGUGUCGCGGGUGGGGACCGGGAACCAGGACUGGGCCAGGGGAGGCGCGGGCCGCUGGGUGCAGGGGAGAAGCCCGCCCCUGUGCGCUUCCGGCUGCGAGCAACACCGGGUCCUAGGCGGGCGUCCGCUCGGGUCCACGGGCCCCGUCACGGUUCAUAGGCGCGAGGGCCUGGGCGCCUGAUCACCCUCACGGGGAGGGACGCAGCCUGCGCCCUGCCCUCCGCGCCGCAUCCUGGCUCCACUGC